AUGUUGUCAAGAAAAAGAGGACUGAUUGGGUUUUUUGUAAUGAUCAAAUGCAAGGCUAGCAGAAAUCCAUUUGACUUUAAUAAUUAUGGCUGCUGGUGUGGUCUCGGAGGAAAAGGCAAACCUCUUGAUGAAGUGGACAGGUAAUCAAACAACGACUGAGAUCUUAUCUACACUAACACGGUUUUGAAAACGUAUGUAUCGAAGCUCAGUCAGCACACGUGCUCGCGAGUCUAGUAUGGGCUCCUGCCAUACUAGAGUCGUUGCCUGGUUUCAGUUAAAUCCUUCACUUAUAUUUAAGCCAUCGAAAACGUUCUCGCGGCCAUAGACUCCUUCCACGAUUUUUUCAUCUUUCAGCCGGGACCAGUUAGCAAAAAAUUCGUCAACACGGCUGAAUGAACGCCUAAAAUCACUAAAAUGACCAAGUUUGAAAGUGAUUUGUUGAAAACUAACGAUAAUACAGCCUUGCAAAGUCAAGUAAUUCUACAGACGUUUAUGUAGCGAGGGGCAAGUUCAUUCCCCACUUUUGUGAAAUUUUGCGACUUCGUGGAGCAAUAGGGACUCAAAGAUUCAUCGACGCGACGGCAACAAAAACCUUCUAAAAAACAAAAGGUUUAACAAGCAAACUUAUUAGCGGAAAAAAGAGCAUAUAUCAUGGAAAUUAUUGGGACUGUUUGUUGGCGCGAAAACCUAAAGCCAUGCAAUAUUGUCGUCGAAAUAAGGGAUAAUCAUUACCGCUGUUGCAAUGUGGGAUAAAAGUGGUUUUACAGGGGGCAAAAAAGUGAAUAAAUUUGCCAGUGCAAGAAAUCGCGGUAAAGGUUGUUUAUUAUAGACAACAGAAAAUGAAGAACUUUUCAUCCAGUAAAGACGAUAGUAGCCCAUUGUGGGUGGACAGGUGGAAGUGAUCAAGAAUGUUAUCUUUUUGGACGUAGGAGCGACAGCAGAUGCCCUCACAGCAGGCAAUAAUGACGUACUUAUUGUCGAAACUCGAACUGUGCAUUUUGUAUGACUAUUUAAUUGUCUUCUCGUUUUUUUUGUUUUAAAUGGACAGCGAUUAUUCGUGUUCCCAAAUUUUAUCACUUGUUUUCCCCUUGAUGCCCACAAAGAUGGCGGGAGUCGUGAAAGAGGUCUUGACUAUUAGUUAUCAUCGAUUUUUUUUGCUUCGUACAGUUGCUGUCGAGAUCACGAUAAUUGCUACAAAAGUCUCCGGCUAUCUGGCGCUUGUGGCGUUAUCGAUCAGCAGUUGCCUCUUACAAUCUACGUAAGGCCUUAUUCAUUCAAAGAAUGCACGGUUUGUGGUAAGUAAGGCUGCGAUCAUGCGAUCUAUUAGAUGUAAAUAAAGAUUGAAAAACCUGUGCAGCGUAGUACUUAAUGUAAAUUUGAAAAUUGUAAAACUGGCGCUGUUAUUAUAAGAAUCUUAACCGACGUUUCGGCAAUGCUGCCUUCUUCAGGGUAUACAAGACUUGGCCAAAAAGAGAACUUUUUCUUGCGGGACCAACACCAGAAAUCCCGAGUGGCGUGGAAUGGGAUCUAUUUUUAAACCUCACUAAAUCACGUGAAUGACCAUGCAGUGAAAUCUUCCCUAUUCCCCUUCCCUUUCGCACAAAAACUCUUCUUCGUAAUUACUACAAGUAUAUCUUCUACUUUUCAGAACCGGCUUCUCAUUACAAGCAAAAUGGGGAGUGUCUCUACGGGCUGUGUAAAUGUGACGCUGACGCGGCCAAGUGUUUCGCUAAGUAUGAGGAUAAAUACAACGAGAAGUUUAAGUUUCAUCCAAAAAUUUUCUGUUAA